AUCGUUUCUACAGUGUAAUUUCUGAACAUUUUUAUGGUGUCAGUAAACGACAUAUCGUGAUGGUGAGCGAGAAGUAUUUCCAGCAAUUGUUCAGAUAAUUUCGAAAGAAACCUUCCAAAUGCACUUGGGAGAACCCUAAUUUGGAAUCUCCUGUCACGAACUACUCGCCACUGCCACCUCGUACAGCGGUCGAGAACGAGAAGGCUGCCCCACGGCUGCUUUCUACCACCUUGGAACUGCACCAUAAACUCACAGAAAGGCGGGAGGACAGCGACCACACUGACGUGGAAUUGGAAAGGAGUGUUCGGCCAAAUGCAGCAGUUUCUGAGUUUGGGUGAUUCGUUGGCAGAAUUGAAGUUGCUGAUGGAGAGUUUUCACACUCAACCCACAAAAGGCUUACAAUCUUCACCUUCUCUGCCUUUCUUUCCUGGAAACCCUAGAAAAAGAGGAUUCCCUUCUAAGGUACUUUUGAGAAUCUUUACAGUUCAUUCUGGUUCCACUGGAAAUUCGAAUGGUGAAAACCAAAGCCAAAGAAUUAAUAAUGCUGGUAUGAGACUAGAGGAGACUGUAGAGGCCAAGUUAGGAAAGUUGAGGCUUGAUUCUUGGAUCUCUUCUCGCAUUUCUGGCAUCAGUAGAGCUCGCAUCCAGUCAAGUAUUAAAUCAAGGCUGGUUUCUGUCAAUGGCAGAGUUGUCGAUAAGGUUUCACACAAUGUCAAGGCUGGGGACAAGGUCUCCUGCACAAUUUCAGAGUUGCAACCCUUGAGGGCUGAACCUGAGGACAUACCUUUGGAAAUAGUCUAUGAAGAUGAGCAUUUACUAGUUGUCAAUAAGCCUCCGCACAUGGUUGUUCAUCCAGCACCUGGGAAUCCUAGUGGCACACUUGUAAAUGGCAUACUUCAUCAUUGCAGUCUUCCAACAGUUGCAACUUCAAGCUUGGAAGUUCUUUCAGACAUGGAAGAUAUUUCUGAUGAUGAAGGGUCACAUUCUACCCUAUGUGGUGCAUCUGUUCGCCCAGGUAUAGUUCACAGGUUGGACAAAGGCACUAGUGGAUUGCUUGUAGUUGCUAAGGAUGAACAUGCUCAUGCCCAUUUGUCCGAACAAUUCCAGCAACACACUAUCCAGAGGAUAUACAUUAGUCUUACUUCUGGUGUGCCCUCUGCAUCAAUGGGACGUAUUGACAUCCCUAUUGGUCGUGAUGUUAAUAACAGAAUUCGUAUGACUGCUAUACCUGGACCAAUUAAGCAGGGACAGGCACGUCAUGCUGCUAGUAGGUAUAAAGUAAUUGAAAUACUUGCUGGUGGCGGUUCAGCAUUGGUUGAGUGGAGGUUAGAAACUGGACGUACUCAUCAGAUUCGUGCACAUGCGAAGUAUAUUGGAAUUCCUCUAUUAGGUGAUGAAGUUUAUGGAGGCACCAAAAGUUUGGCUUUGUCACGGCUUCGACCCAGAAUUCCCCCUAGCUGUCUCAGUCAACUUUCAUUAUUGCUGUCAGGAUUAGAGAGGCCUUGUCUACAUGCUUUGGCUCUAGGAAUAGUUUUCUCUGCCCUUUAUUUUGUAGGUUCACGCAUCCACACACAGGGGAAGAAAUACACUUUUCUCGUCCACCUCCUCCAGAUUUUGCUGGGAUCUUGAGCCAGCUUCGAGAAAUGGGCAUGGAAAAGGUGUUCCCUCUAAAAUACUAUUCUCUGAUCAAGCAUUAGUUUUUAUAUGUAUAGUUGCUGUUUAUCUGUGUUCAUGACAUUUGCAGUUCUCCAAAUUCAUCUUAAAACCUGGGUGGCAAUUUAUGCAGGUUUAAUCAGUUUGAAGUUUGCCUGAUGGGCAGCCCAAUUAAGAUAAUUAUAAACUGUUCAAUUUUUUUUCUGAAACACUGGCCUGUGAGAACUCAGUUCUUUAUGCUAGAUCGCAAUUGGAAGACAGUAUACAAACAUUGAAAAAUACAGAGCAAGUGGGUAACUGUUGCUGGGGUGCAAGAUUCUGGCAUGUUAUGGAAGGCAAUUCCAAUUUCCACUUUGAUCUUUGUUGUCAGUAAUUGCAUUUCUCUUCAUCAACCAUAGAAGACUUAAAGUCUCUUUGUAACCUUGGUAUGUUGGAGUCACAUGGCGCUUUUUAACCAAAAAGGUCUGCAAGCUUGACUGUCUGAGAGAGAGAGAUUACCCAUUUUUAUACGUGUCUGUUGAUGAAAUUAGUUGGUCAUUGGGAAAAAAAGUAGAUCAAGUAUAAAAAAUGUUAUCAGAAAGAUUUUGAUUUAAUAUAUAUCAUUUUUGUUUA